AAGCUACGCCCAAGACCCCAGAGAGUUCAGGCAGUGACAGCGAGUCCUCGUCAGAGAGUGAGCAGGAGGCCCCAGCUCCACAGAAAACUCUGGGUUGCUUAAGUGCUAAGUCUCAAAGCUCAUCGAAACCAGUUCCAGGAAAAGUGUCCACUUUAAAAUCCCCCUUAAAAUCCACAAAACCAACUUCCAGCCUGGCCAAACUUGCACCUGCAGUGGAGAAGAAGCCUGACAGCACAGAGAGUGACAGUGGAUCCUCAGAGACAGAGGAAGAGGCUCCCAAACAGAAAGCCUUUCGAACUCCAGUACCCAGCUUUACGUCAGGGUCCCCAGCUAAAGCCACACCCAAGACACCUUGGGUGGACAAGGAGGUCAAAAGCACAGAAAGCGGCAGCAGUGACUCUUCUUUGGAAAGUGAGGAGGAGAAGCCAGCUGCCAAAACGCAACAGAAGCUUGCAGUGAAGAAUUCCACGACCAAGUCACCAGCUGUAAAACCAGCUGCUGUCAACCCAGAGCUGACAGGCUCCGAGAGUGAGGAGUCCAGUGACACAGAGCAGAAUGUCUCACAGAAGUCUCUCCAGAAAGCACAAGCAGUGAAGACUCCUGCUCCUGUUCCCAAAACUGCUCUGAAAACAUCCACCAAGAGCACUCUGGGUAAGCCAGAAGCAGUGAAGGCACACCUAGGCAAGGUUUCAAAAGCCACAGACAUGAAGGCCCCAGCAAACCUGCUCAAGGCAACUGCAAAGUCUGCCGUUCAGAAACAGAGCUCAGAAAGUGUGAGCAGUGACUCAUCGGAGAGUGAAGAUGAGGUAAAGACAUCACUACUGAAGACUCCCCAGAAAAAGGCGAUAACUCCAAAGCAGUCAGCAACAUCUCAUGCUCUUCCAGUGAAGCCUUCAGCUGAAAGUGACAGCAGUUCCAGUGAAGACGAGCCUUCGCAGUCUCUUCUAGCCUCGUAUCCUUUGGCUGUUAAUCCUGUGGCAAAAUCGACUUUGUUAAAACCUCCUGCAACACAAGCGAAGACAAAGAAAGCAGGCACUGCAGAAGAGAGCAAGAGUAAAGAUCCUGACCCACCUGCUUCAGCCAAAGCAAAGAGUGAGGACAGCACCACGGACAGCAGCACUGACCUUGAACACCGGCAGCCUCCAGCGAAGAUGCCCAAAGCUACUCCAAAGAAGAUAUCUUCCCAUGCCGUUCCCAAAAAGAAAAAUACAUCCAAGAGCGACAGCAGUUCAGAGGACUCCAGUGACGAUGAGGAACAGCCCGUUUUGACGCAAGCUACUGUCCAACCUUCUGUACAAAGCAAGCUGACACUGAAAUCCUCUCUGUCAAGAAAUCCGGCAGCAAAAGCAGGGCAUAAGAAAACUGCUACUGCGACCAAGGGCACGAAGAAGCCUUCCCCACUGGCGGCGCCAGUCCCGCCAAACAAUGAGUCUGACUCCGACAGCAGUGGCCCUGAUGUGGAGAAGUGGAAACUACUGGCAAGAACACUCACAGACAGUGACAUCUCAGUAAUGGCCUCCUUCCAAGAGCCUGCCGUCAGCACUGUGACGGGGGCUGCAGAGACGCAGAAGAAAAAGGAGAAAGAGAAGGCCAUGUCUAAUGCAUCUGGGCAAAAAGCGAAACAGACACCAAAACAGAAAGCCCCCAAGCCUUCGGCGAGCAAAGCCAAGAAGACUGAGCCACCCGCGACCAUCGAGGACCUCCUGUCGCUCGUGGACCACCAUUCGUCCUCGUCCCAGAGCAACGCAGAGGACACGCUGGUGACCACCGCCUCCAAGGCCCAGGAGAGAAAGAAAGUGCUUUUGGCAGAGCGGCCUAGGAGUGCGUCUUCGGAGGAGGAGGAGGAGCAGCGAAGGGUAGUGGAAAAGAGGAAAGCAGCAGCCGAUGUGGGAGCAGCUACGCCGGACAAGGACCCCGUGGCCAAAAAGAAAAAGAAGAAGAAAGACAAAAAAGAGAAGAAGGAGAAAAAACUGAAAACGGCCAGUGAGAACGGCGGCCCCGUGGUGCCUAUCAUCACGAAAUCAAGCCCGAGGGCAGACAAGGAGAAGAGAAAGGAAAAUAAAAAAAGUAAAAGUAAAUUGAAAGGCAAAAGGAAGACAAAAAUCAAGAAGACCCCUUUCCGCCCUUCUCAAGGGAUUCCUUUUGACACGCCAUCCUCCAUGGGAACCAGCCCGGCACUGAUCAGUGCUUUGUCGGACAAGAAAAAGAAGUCUUCGAAAAACAAAUAGCUCAUUCGAAGUGAAAUGCUGGUGAGGUACUUUUUUAUGCAUCUCAUGGAACAACAAAUUUGAAAGAAAGGAGAAUCCCAUCCAACAACUGCUCUUAAUGAAAUUUUCAUUUAAGAAAGAAAUCUGUUCAGAUCAUUGAGAAAAAGAUUUUAGCCUUCUGUGAUUUUUUUUUCAGUUUUGUAAGUUACAUUGAGAAAGCUGAUGUCAGGUGUCUAUAUUGGAUUUUAUAAAUGUAUUUAAACAACAUGAAAUAGAAAAUAAAGAUUUACUUAAUGUGUAAUAGUGGCUGGAAUCUGUUUGUCUAAAUAUGUUUACAUUGACAAUGAUAUUUAAUAUUAAAUAUAUUUUACUUGGGACUCUAUGCAUUUACAAAAAAAAUUAAACAAUUUUCAGCCUAGCACUUAAUUUUCAUUGACUGAAGAUUAUUUUUUACAUUACCUUAUUCAUCAUUAAUAAACUCAGCAGCUAUUAUUGUAAAAAAAAUUGUCAGUUUCAAUAUCUGUC